CCAGAUUAGAAUCCCACAAGCGAUCAGGCUGUAUCAUUGAGUUAAGAGCGCGUUUCAAUUCAGUUUUGACGGCGCUUACAUGGUGUUGGACUUUUGAACGAGAUUCGCCUUGGAUUCAGGACAACAUUUGCAGCAGGAACAACCAAUGGCCUCUUACGCAUUAUCAAUCGCAGUUUUUGGAGACGGAGAAGAUCCCAACCAUCGUUCUCAUUGGGGAUUUUUGACCUUCAUGCCAGGGAGCUCAGUUGGCAAUCUGCUCCAGGUACAACUACUGUCCCUAAGAGGAUUAGUAUACCAAUACGAGUAUCUAACUGGACAACCGUUGGAUAGCCAAAGUUGCGAAGGCAGAGUGCUCUUGGGGUACAUUGAUACGUCGAAGUAUCACCAGGUCGUUAAGAUUAUAUCAGAGGAACCAGCACCUAGGAACAAUAGGGAUCGAUGUCAGGAUUGGAUAUUAGAGUGUGUGAUAGGGCUUGAGGCUGAGGAACUGCUUCCUCCAGGAACCUCUGAUUGGAUUCAAGAUAUCAUCGGAAAGCCGUCCAAGGACGUUGCAACAGCAGUAGGAGCGAGAUGGACUCCAAACAGGAGAUAAGCAGCUUAAGAGUUGUAAUGUGGCUAAACUCGAUGCGUAUUCAAAUUCCACUAUAACGUACAAGCUCUCGCUCAAGAUCUGCGAGCAACUUAUAAGAUUUG